CUUUUUGAUUUUCAACGCGAUCAAUGCGCGUUAUCGUUUCUCGUUGCGAUUUUCUUUUCCAUAUUGGCGAAAUAGAAAAUACGAUUUGUGAGAAGCUUUCUGAUAAUAUCAAUGACACGUACAGCGAUGACCUGUACGCGUUAUGUCAUUGGAGAGGGACGGGAGAUUAUAGUCGAAACAACGUCGUAUCGCUCCCGUCGUGGCAGUCGGGAGUGAUACGAACGAAGAGGAGGACCUCUUCGAUCGCACGCGAAUAUCCGCGAGAAAUUGGCACGCAAAGAUAAUCGCUAUCUCUUCGUAAUGCGAGUACGAUGUUCAUUACAGAAGUAUAUGUAUUUGUUUUCGUAUUUUAGCAUGCUCGUUAUAUCGUCAUACGUAUAAAUAAAUAAAGCGAGCUCGUGCAGACGAUGUCCGGUCGCUCUCUUUUGACAUCAUUCUAGAUAGCAUGUCUCUCCCGAGGCAUAUCUAACUUCGACAGAUGGAACGUAAAUUAAUGAGUCGGAUGGUAAUGAGUAAACCGGAAUAAUAAUAAUAAUAAUAACGACAACAAUAUAUAACGAUAACACGAGGGAAUACGAAGGAUAAGGUUGUGUUGAGAAGAAAAAAAAAAAAAGAAUUAUAAAAUCGUCCGUCCAAACGGUAACAAGAUCUUCGGGCAUAGUUUUUUUUUUUUUUUUUUUUUUUUUAUUAGGCAUAAAUCGAUAAAAUGAAGAUUCGACGAUUGUUGUUACCCUACGUGCAUUCGCAUUAGUUUCGUUCGGAUAAUUUCGUUCGAAGGAACGAACGAUUUUGGCGCGAGUCCAAUAAAUAAAUAGGCGUCGUUCGAUCGGCUCGAGUCUCCUCUCUCUUUCUCGAGAAAGAACUAAUUCGCAUAGGCAGGCAAUCGUUAUUGCGCGAUAAAAUCGCGUUGAUCGGGAAAGACGACUGCGGAGAAGUAAGGGAAGAAGCAGGAGGAUUACGAGGUCGCGAUCGGCGAACUUUAAUCGGCGAGUUCUCGUUAAUUUGCACUUCAAGUUUCCACGGCAACACGUACAACCGAGCCCAGAGAGCGCGUAAGAUACGCCCGUGGCGAAGCGAGACUCUUGGGCGCCUGCGUGGUCGAGUGACGUCAUUGGCGAACCGGGCAGCCCAUCACCCGCCAGACAUUCAGUCUCGUCUUAGCACUCGAAGAGGUCGCAAGUUUGUCGCGCGUCGCUCCCUCUACGCCGAAAUCGCACGAUAUAUAACGUAUAACGAGCGCGAGAACAUAUCUAUCGUCGUUCUAUCCUAAGUCGGGCUAUCGCACCUGCUCGUGGUAUCUACGCCUUUUGCGAAAGUCAAUUCCAUUGUGAGAGCCAAUCGGAGUGAGCCAUAACUCUAUACGUUUUCUUUCGUUUCAACGUACGCGAUCGUAGAAAAGUGACGAUAUUUGGCGAUAUAGUGUUUGACGAGAGGGAAAAAAGGGAUAAAGAAAUAGGUGAUACUACGUGUUAGAUGUCAUUUCGGGACAACGAUAGUUUAGUAGAUAGUCGCGCGGCCGAUCGAAGAUUGAAAGGAUAAUCAUUGUGGAGCCAAAAGUGAAGAAAGAGAAGGACAAAGUGGAGGAGGAAGAGGGGGAGAAGGGUCCUGCGUGUUAACUUUUAUCUCUGGACGCGAAAGAUCGAUUUAUGUAACUCUGUGGUGUCGCGUAAGGUCUAUCCACCUUUCCUAUACUUGCGCAUAUAUAUAUAUAUACAGGUACAAAUAUAUGUGUUGUGUUCUCUCUCUCUCUCUCUCUCUCUCUCUCUCUCUCUCUCUCUCUCUCUCUCUCCCUCUUGCGUGCGCUCGCGCGCGCACACACGUACGCACGCAGCUUUCCGCUCGCUCUUUUCCGUAUCUAUAUCUUGACUCGUACGCGCUUACUAUGCGCCCUGAGAGCACGUUUAUUACUAUGAGAUAAUGAGCUGCUCGGUAAAGAUCUCGUCUGGGAAGAGUUGGAGCGGAUCGCAGAGGAGAAUCAGCUCGUUGGCGGAGGAGAAUACAUGCCCUUCUCCUAACGGCGCUGCUUCGAGUUGCGCCCUCUUACAGACGAUUCAAACGACCAAUAACGUAUUGGUCGCGUCCUCGCUCGCCACCACGUACACGACUACAUCGAGUACGGGUUUGGAAACGAUAACUACAACGACAACGGCGGCGACAACGGCGUCAACGACGACGACGACCACGACGAUCGGCGGUCCUGCUGCGGCGGCUGCUAACGUAGCUGGUGUUUUUGGUGCCGGUGGCACCGCCGCAGGCGGCAUCAGUCAAAGGAUCGCUACGCCACGCCCCGUCAAGUCGAUCGCCACGAAGAAAGGAGAAGACACGAGCAAGCUGCUCAAGUAUAUCGACGAUAACGUCAUCGGCAAGAACGGCACCUUCUUCGGACCGUUCGGCCGCAGGAAAGUCGUCUUUUGCGAUUAUACGGCAACAGGAAGGUCGCUACAAUUUCUCGAAGAGUACAUCGCGAAGGAGGUCCUGCCGUAUUUGGGCGACACUCGAGCAUCAACGUCCAUCUGCAGUCUACAAUCCUCUCUCUUCAGGCACGAAACAAGAGACAUCGUUAGGCAUGCCGUUGGUGCUGAUGACCAGGAUGCGGUUUUAUUCACGGGUCAAGGUUCGGCCGGUGCCCUUCGCACACUUCUGCGACAUCUCGAUCUCUCAAAAUCCACCGUAGUUUUCGUGGGCCCGUUCGAGUACCACGACAAUCUACAGCCGUGGCGUGAAUAUGGUGUCAAGAUAGUACGAGUGUCCGAAACCCGAGAGGGUUUCUUGGAUUUGAACGAACUUGAACGAGGUCUGGCCAAGAUGCGUGCAGAAGGCAUCGCGCAAAUGAUCGGAUGCUUCAGUGCGGCCAGUUGUAUAACAGGGGUUUUGGCGGAUGACGUUGCUACGACCCUUCUUCUACAUCAGUAUGGUGCCCUCAGUAUCUGGGAUUAUACCACUGCAGCGCCAUACACUCAGAUCGACAUGAAUCCACAUCUACCGGGUAUGAGCGAAUCCACGGCGCACAAGGAUGCAAUUUUCUUCGCUGGGCACAAAUUCGUAGGGGGCGUCCAAUCCCCUGGGGUACUCGUCAGUAAAAAAUUUCUACUAAUGGUCGAAAUAAGAGCAGAAGAUAUGAGAGACAGUCACCGAUACCUGACCAAUCCCGAGCUUCGCGACGAAAGUGGAACCGCCGGAGUCGUGGAAAGUAUUCGCUGUGGAUUGGCGAUUCAAUUGAAGGAGAACGUGACGCCACGGGCUAUCGUCAAUCGUCAAGACAAAAUUUCUAGGCAAGUGCUGGCCCACGUACGCACAAUUCCAGAACUGAUUUUACUCGGUAGUGCAUCGCAAAAUGUUAAAAGGCUACCCAUCUUCUCGUUUAUGGUCCGACACCCACGUGGCACGUUUCUCCAUCACAAUUUCGUGUGCGCCGUAUUAAACGACGUUUUCGGCAUACAGGCAAGAAGUGGGUGCGCUUGCGUUGGUCGAUACGCUCACAAUUUGAUGGGAAUAGACGCGGAAUUGGCGAAAGAGUACGAAGAUUUAUUGACGCAGAGUCGACGCAACGAAGUUGCAAGCGAGGAGGUUAACAGCGAAGCAAUGAGGCCGGGAUUCGCUAAGCUUUCCUUCCCUUACUUCAUGUCCGAGGCCGAAGUCGCAUUCAUUUUGGAGGCCUUGAAGAUGGUGGCCACCGAGGGAUGGAAGCUCUUACCGCAAUACGUUUUAAAUCCUCAGACCGGGGAGUGGCGACACCACACGAACAGUAUAUUGAAAGAACGAAAAUUGUUGGGAACGAUAAGAUAUACCGACGGGAGAAUGAACGCGUCCGAAAGGAGGGCCUCCGGGUCGGGCGCAUUUCCGCAAAGCUACGCGGACUGCCUACAAAUGGCUCGAAAUAUUUUCAAUCGUGCGCGUAAAAUAGCACAGAGAUAUCCCUUGCAAACCGAUCGUAUUUUUAACUUCAUCUCGGAAGAAACGGAACCAUUGCGUUGGUUUAUGUUACCGAGCGAGGCGCAAGAUUUGCUUCUAGGUAAUUCACAAAACGUGAAGCAGGAAGUACCUUUCAAUCCUACGUUAGCUUCGCACAGGAUCGCGCACACGGCACCGGUUACGAGUACGCACGAGAGUCUCGUUAAUAGUUUGACCUCGGCCAACGGCAUGAGACGUUUGAACAGCGACAUUCCUCGAACCGGAAACAUUCCGGUAUCGCCAAAUUCGCCGCGACAUCGAAGUCUUCCGGCGUUGAGUACGAUAAAGAGAAACUGCGUGGCUGCGUCGACGACAGAGCUUAGUAAAACGAAUCCCAUGGAGAUCGAUGGGAUCGAUGAUAAACAAUUGAUACGUAACGAGAUCGGGAAUACGUCGACCGGUCACAAAUCCCCGGCCACCUGUCCGAGUUCGCCUAUGCCAAUACGAUUCGCCGUUGGCGAAGCGGUCACUCCCUCGGCCCUAUCGUGUAUGUCUCACGCGACGGUGGUGGUCAGUCGGCCGCUGAAGGAACAAAGAGAUUUGAUAGAGGCGAGGGACGGCGGACGUGCAAGGUGCAAUUCAUUGGGGAGUACAACGGGGACGAAUAACAACGUGGCCAACAACCGAUCCGGCAUGUCGUCCUCGUCCUCGCCCAUACCUGUACUUCCGUUGAGCCCUCAAACAUUGACGAGCUUGGGUUUCACGCCGCCGCGUUCGGACUUAAACGCCUCGAGACAGAAGCAACGACUUCACUGUAGUUGCAGCAGCCAAACGGAAUUGAAUUCUCUCGAAUUGGACGCGAUGAGUAAUCUGAGCCAUUCCAUAUCAUCUUUCAAUUAUCACAGCAGCGUCGCCUCCCCGCCCUCCUCGUAUUCCUCGGUCGGUGAAUACACGGAGAAGCUCAUAGGCGGUGGAAGGUCCUCGCCAAUAUACUCCAAUGUCGGGCAAAGAUCCGACGACGAUUUGAGCGCUUACUUGAAGGAAGUUACGAAGGAGUUAGCGACGGAGAUAAAGUCGGAGAUUCGCGAGGUGAUAUCGAAGGUGGACGAUGCCCUCUCGGAGACGAACACGUCCGAGAAUACGCCGCAGCAUCAUUCCCGGAAUCACAGCGCCAUCAGUCAAUUGUCCUCGACCGAGGAUAGACAGUUCAGGCACGAUUCCUUUACGGCCAGCGACAUCGCCGAAUAUCUGAUGGAAUUUUCGAAGGAAAUGGCGAGCGAGGUUAAGUCCGAGAUCAGGUGUAUGGUGAACGCGGUCGACGGUCUUCACAGGCACUCGCCGGAUGCUUCGGCCUCGGACGUAUCCUCCAACGGAUGCGAAUCCCCGGACAGAGGUAGAGUUACCAUAUCGAACGCUUCCCCUCGGUUAUUGAAUUCUAGAAAACACGGUACCUCCGAGAUAACCGGCAAGAUCGGCGAAUUGACGCAACAGGAGAGCAAGAUGUCCAGCGAGUGUUCCUCCGACGAGACGGUGAUAUUCGUUAUGAAACCGACCGAAACCGAACGGAUGAUCGCCGCCGCCGGUAAUCGUGCCGCCAAAACCGACGACGAGAACGACGUGGACGAUGACGUGGACGACGACGAUUCCCACGAGCGUAGAGGACCGGAGGACAUGGGUGGUGACCCUAGGAAGAUCCUACCAAAGAUUUAUUCGGCCGUGAACUCGGUAAGUUCUCAGGACAGUGGGAUCAACCUUUCCUUUCACGAAAGCGACAAGUCGAUCGAAUCGACGGAAUUGAAACGUAGCAGUAGCGCCGAAUCGAAUUCUACGAACAGUUACGGUCGAAAGUCUAGAACGACGAACUCGAUGUCUGGUUUAUCCGGUAAAUCUUCCUCGAAACAGCUCGUACGUCAGAACGACGAUCUCUCGGAGGACGAGGAGUUAUCGUCGGACUUGCGAGAGGAGGAGGGCGAUCCGGAGGAAGAGGGCUUGAAAUUCGAAGGCAAAGACGAUACGAGGAACAUUCAGCCGCGCAUCCAGUGGCACUCGGCACCGAGAAACAUUUGGAAACCAACGGUGGAGGCCAUACAGGAAUUCGACAUGAUUCGGGACAAUGACAGGGUACUCCUGUGUCUCUCGAUACUUGGAAAGGAUUCGCUGUCUCUCUUGCACACGCUACAUCAGUACAGGUUACACGCGAGGUCAAAGGGGAUCGAUUUCGAGAUCGGCGCUGCCACGAUCGACACCGGUGGCACGACGUUCGAUCGGCUCGAGACUAUAAGACAUUUCAAGGUUUUAGACGUUCCUUACUUUUACGAGGAGUUGGCGGUCGAGCCGACGACGACGACGACGACGACGACAACGACGACGAAGACGCCGACGCCGACGCCGACGACGACGCCGACGCCAACGCCGACACCGACGCCGACGCCGACGACGACGACGACGACGACGACGACUAUUACUACGACGACAGGUACAGAAAGUCAAGCCGAGGAAUCGCUUUCCAACGAAGCCUGCAGCUUUUGCAAUAGAUCCAUCAGAGCACAAUUGUAUGCGAUCGCGAAACGUCACGGUUAUAACGUAUUGGCACUCGGGCAACACUUGGACGAUCUGACCGAGAGCUUUUUAUCCUCCGUCUUUCACGAUGGCCAACUAAAGACCAUGAAGGCACAUUAUUAUAUUCGUCGACAAGAUCUUCGUGUCAUCAGACCGUUCGUCUACGUCAGCGAGAAGGCUUUGAGACAAUUUUCACGAGGCAAACGAUUUGUCUCGCACGAAUCAAAAACGGCUGAACUUUCGGAGAAACAGAAACACAGCAAAGAUAUAUUGGUCCAACAGGAACGAGCUUAUCCACGUAUAUAUUGGUCCAUACGUACGGCCCUUCGACCGUUAAUAAUAUCACACGGACAAUUGCCAGACUUCGACGUGACUUGCAGCAACAUUUCCGGUAAUAUGACCAAUAGCCCGAGCAGUAGCAGCGGGGUCAGUAGCAUCAGCAGCGCUAGUAGCAGCAACGCCGCCUCGACCGGCAUCAACGGCGGUGGCGGCGGCGGUAAUAAUCAACAAAAGAGGUAUCGAAGGACGAAAACGAAUUCAGUUUCCUCGUCGUCGGCCGUCCAUCAUUUGUCCUCCCAACGACUCGACGACAACGACGAGACCGACGAGGAGCCGGUCCUUUGAGGAGGACCGUCCGCGAGAUGGGAUCCAAAGCGGCGUCCUUCAGUCUCAUCUUCGCGUGCACGUCGACGAGUACUCCCGCCGUCUACGUCAGCUCUUCUCGCACGAAGAAGACGACAACGUUUUGCUGCUAUGACCACCGCGGCUGUCGUCGUUGCAAAUGAAUCGGAGUCGUUCGAGCGUUGAACGAGAAAGGAAAAUGGAAGAACGGAAACGAAAUAAAAUCUAAAAACGACGACGACAACGACGACGACGACGGCGAUGACGACGACGACGACGACGACGACGACGACGACGACGACGACGACGACGACGACGACGACGACGACGGCGACGACGACGACGACGACGACGACGACGACGACGGCGACGACGACAACGACGACGCGCAUACUUUCACUUUGGAGUUCGCUUCGAAACUUUAUGUGAUACAAUACGAGCGACGACGAGAUCAUCGAAUACUUUCUCUUUUUCUUCUGCCGAACGCAUUCGGUUUCUUUUUCUAAUAAAUGUAUGUUUAUGUAUUAUGCGCGCAAACUUGGAGGAUCUACAAAGAGAGCAUGGCAGUUACAAAGCAUGCGAGGAUCUAAAAAGAAGAAAGACAGCUCUUGAUCGAUAAUUACUAUCGAUUUGUUCUAAACGUCGUCUUUUCGUAGAUCGACUCACGAAAACACGAACGAUAUAACGAGUGUUUUUGAUAUCCAUAGGAGUUGUCUAUAGGAAAUCUACUGAUGUGACUAAUCGCAUUUGUCAUGCGAUGAACGGUUGUCGGACUGCUUAGCGCACUUGUUGGCGCCUAUAAUGUCGUUAGAAAGAAUUUCGAAGUGGAUUUUGACGUUAGGAUUCUUCAUCGAUUAGUAGAUAAAAUGCAGGAAAAUGGAAAAGCGUCGAGAUAUACGGUAAGCAUUUGUCUUACCGUGAAACGAAUCUCGAGUAUCGUUUCGAAUACUCUAAGACGAUUUUUUUCGUGCGGUCAAGAAAAUUGUCGGCCUUAAUAUGUUCGAACGUUUUACGAGAGAUACACUCGCGUAUAAUUAUCAAAUCGAGAGAUAAUUUUACGACGCUUUCCAGAUUCCAUUUAUUUCGAUAGUCCACGGCGCACGGCAUUGCAUGCACGCAUAAACGCUUAUGCAAAAAGAGGAGAAUGACGAAGAAAAUGAAAGAUUAGCGAACGCUGUUUAAACGAAUCAACCGAAAAUCUUAUCUUUCUCGAGUGAUAAUUAUCGUAACUGGAUUAUCUGACUCAACUCUUAAUGGACAUUAUCAUUAAUUCAUGCUCCUUCAUAUCUGUAAUCUACAUUAGACCGACAUUAGUAGUUGCGAACGAACAUUUUGCGCGGUGAAAGGCGUGAACGAAGAGAGAAGAAAAAAGAAGAGAGAAAAAAAAAGGAAAAGAAAGCAAAGCGAUAGAUGAUACGCGACCGAUCCAAGUAAAAAUAGUCGUUCGAGCGAUAAACGUUUCGUCGCAAGGAAGAAUUUCAAACGAUGCAGAAGAAAAUUUCAAGUUGAUUUUUUCCAUCACGAAGCUUCUUCGCGUAUUUUGCAAAGCGCGAAGAUGAAACACGUAAAAAAGAAAUGGAAAGAUGGAAUCGUGCGCAUCGAAAGACCCUGUGUACAAGAAACGAUUUGCAAUUUUGAAAAAUCUUUCGUCGUUCGACUUUUUCAUUGAAAAGAAUACGUGCACUUUCUAUACAUGUACUUAGUUGUAAAUACGGUACAGAUGUAAGGAAAAAAAAAAGAAAGAAAAAAACCGAUCGUUCGGAGGAAUUCUUACUUCUUGACGACAAACGUAAUAUAUUCGUCCGGAUAUCAAACGAGAGAGUUAAUAUCGAUCUGACCGGUUUAAAAUUUAGAGAGAUCAAGUGGUCGCGUAUCGAUGAAUCGAUUUAAAUCGUUUUAAUCGGCCAUAAGAGGGAAUGCUCGAUCGAGCCGAUCGGCCACGUUUAAUUAACGUAAAAACUUUCCUUAUUUUUCUUUUUUUUUUUUUUCCUUUGUUCAGGGCCGUAUACAGAAGCAUAUGUAAAAGAAAAACGGCGAUAACAUUGAUUUCUUCUCGUCUAUUCGUUGAUUCUUUUUCCCUCUUUUACUUCAAUUUUUGUCUCAUAACGCGAGAAAAAUCCGACAGCAUUUUUCCGUCCUGCAUCUUGUCAAAAUAAUGGAAGGACGAUCGUUGCUGCGUAGAAGAGAAUCGUAUCUUCGUUUAUGACGAAUCUCUUACGUUACGUAAAAAGUCCUUUACAAAGUCGCUGCGAUCGAAAAAAAAUUCUACGAAUAGUCGAAAAGUAAAACCGGGAAAUCGUCAUAACUCUUCUUUUACGUAUGAUCAAAUGUUCCAUACGGCUAUUGUAUGUUCGCUGUUGUUAGAACUCGUAAGUCUCGCAUUAUAGCUCGCAUGUAAAACGCACGCAACGUAAAAGAAAAAAAAAAAAAAGAAAAAAAAGAAAAAAAAAGAAAUAAGUCGUCCAUCUGUCGUACGUCCUUCGUGCCGCGUGGAUUUUUUCAAGGGUUCGUUUUGUCUCUACGCCGCGAAAAAGACAAUUGGACAAUUGGACGAACGAAAGGAGGGAUU